CAUUCGCUCACUAUGGAUCUUGACAUUGAUCCAUUCAGCCAUGGCAACCACAUUAUGAAUCUUCUCUUAUAACAAUUGUUUUUACAAAUAUCCGUCAUGCUUCAAAAGUCAGUUUUCGAUUUCUUAUAAUCCCGAAUGCCUUAGGCAUCAUACAACUAAAUAUAAUAUUUUGGCUGGCAUCUAAAUUCUCCGUUAUUCCACCAACGUUGUAAAAUCAGCGAUAAUUCAUCACUAUGUCCGAAACUACUACCAUCUCCGCUUCUGAAGUAAUCUGUAACCUAAAAGCCGUCGUGGCUGAUUUAGAAUGUCAGCAGAAACAGCAGCUAUUCAAACAGCUACAACAGCAAGUGCAACAGCAACAGCUUUUGCAACAUCAGCAACAAGCACAGCAGGAACGAAAAAAGAAGUCUUCCACAACCCCACAAAUGUUCCUUAUGAUUCCCGUGGAAGAUACAAAAAAAUGCGAAGGUGAUAAAUCUGGUUCGAACCAAGGAAAGGACCGUGGAAAGUGCUCAACUAACGGAAAGUCCCAAAAAUCCCUCGAUAAAAAAAGCCACAACGAUAAUGCAGCUAUAGAAUUGAAGGGCGUGAAAAGCCGAGAACUUCGUGCCGGUAUUCUGUACACCAGUUGUGGCUGUCUUCAUCGUGAUGGACUUCAGGACUGUUGCCCUAGAUCGGAUUGUCAGGGACAAGCUGGGUGUUUGACCAAGCCGUGGGCAGAAUGUCCACCCGGUAUGCUGUGCCGUUCGAGACACCCUGAAACAUUUGGAGCACCAUUGAAUCAUUCACAUGGAGCGAUGACAUCGUAGUUAUGUUCGUAAUAACUGAUAAUGAGUUUCAACGACACCCUUUCACAUUAUGUAGGAACGCAGAUGCAAAUUGUAGACAAAAAAUGUAAAAGGAAAAAAAAUAGAAUAACAUGUAAAUCGAAAAAUAAAGAGAAUUGUA